AUGAAGCUUAUCAAUUCUGCUCUUCUAGCAUUGGCUGGCCAUGCAGCUGCUCAGCAUGUCCAUCUAGAUAUCCCAGAGGUCUCGCAUUAUAUAUCUGCCAUCGAGUCCGAAUUCUCAGCAUGGUACCAUGGACCAAGACCAACAUUUCCACAUCCCACUCAUCCGCCCAAACCCUUCCAUAGCCCAGCACCAUCGGCAUGUGCAUACUGGCUGGAGGACAUCAAGCACCAGGGCAUUGCAGCUUUCAACCCUAGCCCCUCAACUUAUCAAGUCUUCCGCAACGUCAAGGAUUUCGGUGCAAAGGGCGAUGGUGUGACCGAUGACACUGCCGCCAUCCAAGAGGCCAUCAGCUCAGGCGGUCGUUGUGCUCCAGGCUCAUGCAGCUCGACUACAACUACACCUGCAGUUGUCUAUUUCCCUGCUGGUACUUACAUGAUCUCCUCCUCCAUCAUCGACUACUACUACACUCAAAUCAUCGGAAACCCCAACUGUGUGCCUACGAUCAGAGCCUUCGCCAACUACACUGGAACAAAUGGUCUUGGUCUUAUCGAUGGCGACAAAUAUGGCGCCAAUGGUCUUGGAUUUGGUGCUACGAAUGUCUUCUAUCGACAGAUCCGCAACUUUGUAAUCGACACGACUUUGGUUCCUGCUAAUGAAUCGGUGACUGGUAUUCAUUGGCCAACUGCUCAGGCGACCUCUUUGCAAUUUAUCACCUUCAAUAUGAGUCAAGAAGCAGGUACACAACAUCAAGGUGUGUUUAUUGAGAGUGGAUCUGGAGGCUUCAUUGGUGAUUUGACCUUUAUCGGUGGAUUGUACGGUAUACAGUUUACUCAAUCACGACUGAGCUUUAAGAAUGUGGUAACAGCGAUCAACCAACUGUGGGACUGGGACAUCACCAUUGAGAAUUGCUCUGUCGGCAUCAACAUGUCUUCAGGCGGUUCGGCAGCCCAAGCCGUGGGAUCGGUAGUGUUGAUUGACAGCACGAUCAGCAAUACACCGCUAGGCAUCGUCACCGCACACAGCGAGAACUCGCAGCCUCCGGCCGGAGGUUCGCUUAUCCUGGAGAAUGUUGCUCUGAACAACGUGCCAAUCGCUGUCCAAGGGGCUGGAGGCGUCACGGCUCUUUCAGGUUCAUCUGGCUCAACUACCAUUACCGCGUGGGGAGAAGGCCAUGAAUAUACUCCGACUGGGCCUACGAACUUCGAAGGUACCUUCCCUGCCAACGUCAGGCCCGCUUCACUUCUUUCCGGGUCCAAGUACUACUCUCAAGCCAAACCUCAGUACCAGAAAUAUCCGACGUCGGCUUUUAUUAGUGCUCGCUCUGCAGGUGCCACAGGAGAUGGUCACACAGAUGAUACAAAUGCGCUCCAGGCAGCUAUCACUCUGGCAACCUUACAAGGAAAGAUUCUGUUCCUUGAUCAAGGCGACUACAAGGUCACGCGCACACUCAACAUCCCACCAGGCGCUAGAAUUGUUGGUGAGAGCUACAGUGUCAUAUUCUCAUCUGGCGAAUUCUUCAACAAUAUCAACUCUUCACAGCCAGUUCUUCGUGUUGGACUUAACAGGCAAUGGGGAAGAGUCGAACUUUCGGAUCUGAUAAUAUCAACACAAGGCCCCCAAGCCGGCGCAGUCUUGAUCGAGCACAAUCUCGCAGCACCGCCAGGCAAUCCGUCUGGAUACUGGGAUGUGCAUACACGCAUCGGUGGGUUCGCAGGCUCAGACUUGCAACUUGCAGAAUGUCCAACGACGCCAAAUGUUCUCACUCCACCUGCACCUGUAAACACGAAUUGUAUUGCAGCGUACAUGUCUCUGCACAUCACUUCCAGCGCAUCAGGCUUCUACAUGGAGAACAACUGGCUCUGGGUAGCUGACCAUGACAUCGACGAUCCUCAACUCACGCAACUGACCAUCUACGCCGGUCGCGGACUUCUCGACGAAAGCAACGGUCCAGUAUGGCUGGUCGGCACCGCAGUCGAACACCACGUCAAAUACCAAUACCAAUUCUCCUCCGCCGCAAACUAA